GCUCACUGAAUCCAACAUGGAGUAAGGAGGAGAUGGGGCUCGUCCGGGGCCAUCCUCACCGAUACCAGCGCACCAUUUUCGGUCACCGCAUUCCAGCCCGGUCCGGCGGGGGAGGAGGUAGAGGAGGCUGCGGAGGAGGAGGAGGAGGAGGAGGUGGAGGAGGAGGAGGAGGAAGAAGAAGAAGAAGAAAAGGCGUAGGAGCAGGAGGAGGUGGGAGAGGAGAUCGGAUGCGCCUCUUCGGAUGCGCUCCAAUAAUUGAGGAGUGAAAGGAGAAGAGGAAGAAGAAGAAGAAGAAGAAGAAGAAGAAGAAGAAGAGGAGGUGGUGUUGGAGGAGGAGGAGGAGGGGGAGUGGGGAGGGAGACGGAGAUCCGAGAAUACAUAACGCACAUCAAGAACCGAGCGGAGAGAGGGAGAGAACCGGAUCCUCCGCCGCUUCUGCCGCCGCCGCUGCCGCUGAAGGGCGAGGAAACAUGAAGACACCGCACUGUGCAGCCGCGGCGGGAGCUUAUUAUUACCGGAGGUGAAACAGAAGAAGAUGAGCGAGGACACGCGACCAGACGAUGACAGCUACAUUGUGCGCGUCAAAGCGGUGGUGAUGACCAGAGACGAUUCGAGUGGCGGCUGGUUGGCGCAGGACGGCUGCCUGAGCAGAGUGGGCGUGUGCAGGCUGCUGGCGAGCGAACUGCUGGGACGCAACACCUUCCUCAUCCACGGAGAACGGCUCAAAGACAAGCAGGUGAUCCUGGAGUGUUUCUUGAAGAAGGAUCUGGUCUACACGAAGGCCACGCCGACAUUCCACCACUGGAAAGUGGACAACAGGAAGUGUGGUCUGACCUUCCAGAGCCCGGCCGACGCCAGAGCCUUCGACCGUGGGGUGAGGAAGGCCUUGGAGGACCUGACCGAAGGCUCGACCACGUCCUCAUCGACGCUGCAGAAUGAGGCGGAGCUCGGCGAUGACGACGUCUUCACGACGGCCACCGACAGCUCGUCCAACUCGUCCCAGAAGAGAGAGCCAGCGAUGCACACGCUGGCCCCGCACAACUUCUGUGAGGCCCGUCGGCACCACUGCAUCCUGGGAAAUUUUUACGAGCACCACCGGCCCUCUGAUCACUACUUCCUGGACCAGGCGGUGCACAUGUUCCCUCGUCACGUCAGCUUCCAGGUGGAGGAUGAAGAGAUCGUGCGCAUCAACCCCCGCGAGAGGAACUGGCUCACCGGCUACGAGGACUACCGCCACGCCAACUCCACGCGCGACAAACUCGCCCAGCCCGACAACCUCGACGCCUACGUACACUUCGCCAAGAGCGAGCCGCCCAAACACAACUACGCCUACCCGUACCCGCUGAACGGCGACGUGCAGCGGGGCUGCGACGGCAAACCCCGCUGCCUGGAGCGGGGCUGCGGCCACAGAGCGGUGGUGACGGUGCAGCCGCGGGCCGUGCAGCCCAAAGGCAAGAGGCGGAAGGAGGACGGCGAGCGCUCGCGCUGCGUUUACUGUCAGGACAUGUUUAACCACGAGGACAAUGGGCGGGGCCGGUGCCAGGAAGCACCUGACCCCAUCCAGACCUGCAUCAGGCGGGUCAGCUUCAUGUGGUGCGCGGACAGCCUGCUGUACCACUGCAUGUCGGACACGGAGGGGGAUUACUCGGACCCGUGCUCCUGCGACACCAGCGACGAGCGCUUCUGCCUGCGCUGGUCGGCGCUGGUGGGUCUGUCGCUUCUGGCGCCCUGCAUGUGCUGCUACGCCCCCCUCAGGGCGUGCUACCGCUGCGGCGUGGCCUGCCGCUGCUGCGGCGGGAAACACAAAGCGGCGGGCUGAGGCAGCAAGGACUCGUGGGAAACGGAGGCCGCUGUGACUUUGCUGCUGUCGUUUGUCUUGUCUACGAUUAUCAUAAGGAGGAGAAGAAGAACUUCGUCUCAACAGAUGGAAAAAAUGUUCCCUGUGGUUUUUUUUAUUUUUGUGACAUUGGAGACCAAAUGGCUUCCAAUUCUCACAAAGACUGAACAAAGAUUCUUCAUUUAAUAUAUAAAAUUAUAUAUAUUA